GUUUAUGCCGCUCAUCUCCAACAAAUUUAGCUUCGAUUCGAUAAACAGUUUUUGCCGGCUAAAUAAAUUGACCAACUGUAACACAAAGCAUUAAAAUGCAAAAGCCAACAGAUGAGGAAACAUUUCAAAUGCAGGCUCUAGAAAUACACGAGCCAGAUGAAAGCUUUGAUCCGCAGAAACCGCCACAAUCUGGUGAGGAAUACCUGACACACAUGCUCUACGAGCGCAAACGUUGCCCCGCAGUGGUCACAAAGCGGUCCAUGAAAAUAAAAAAUAAUGUCACAAGCAAUGGGUGUGAAAUGUUGAGUAGCCCACCCUUGCCGCCUCAUAAAUGCCUGCUGCCUACGUCUGAGUGGCGGGAUGUCCAAGUGAAAAACUUCAAUAAAGCACGUGAACGCGUUGCUGCACUACGUCUGGAACUGAUAGCACAUCAAUAUGAUCAGAACAUUGAGCCGCCGCUUACUACAGACGUUGAAAAAUGGUAUGAAUUCUGUCGCACACAGCAGCCACUGUUGAGCACAUUGCUGCGCCUCAGUCAAAGCGAUUUGGAGCUGUUGCUGGAGCUGCUUAGCAAGUGGCUGCAGGAGCCCAAUCAGACAUCGAUUGAAACCGAUGAGCCAAGCACUUCUGCCAACGCCUCGAAACCCAUAGAUUUAUUGCACGAUUCUUGGUUAGCGCGCUGGCUAUAUGCUAACUUGGUCUGCCUGCAUCUCCCAUUGGAACCGCAUGUCUUUAGCACUUUGCGCUGUAUAGGACGAUCCUGUGUGCUGCUACGCAAUCAGCUGCAGCCGCUGGAAUUCGAGCGUGCUGUGCCUUAUAAUCUCAUUAUUACGUUGAUUGUCCUAUGCUUUGCACAAACGGACUUCAACGUCUACCUCUAAGCAGAGUAACUAUACACAAUUCACUUAAAAUAUCA